CGCAUCACCGCCGCGGCUCGCGGUGAUAAGGCGAGCGGGGAAAGUAGGGCCCUGAGGCCUGGGGCCCCCGCGCGUAUGGAAAUCGGGAAUUUAAGGCGAAUUUAGUUGAAGCGUCGCCACCGAUGCCAUUCGCGCUCAAGUAGGGCGACGUAAGAAGACUCGGACACCGUCGGAGCGUCGCGUUUGAAGGCAUUGCCAGUCUGUGCCUCUACAGUGAUCGGGGCGGGCUUGUCCACACGAAGCCGCCGAGACAUAAAAGCGGCGGCAGCAGGGCGGCGAGGCGAGCGAUGGCGCAAGAAGCGAACCGCUCGCAGGGCCCCAUGCUGUGCACCAUGGGCUGCGGUUUCUACGGGAACCCACGCACCAACGGCAUGUGCUCCGUGUGCUACAAGGAGCACCUGCAGAGGCAGAACGCUGGCGGCAGACUCAGUCCCACAGCCACAAGUCCUGGGAACAGCGGUGCCGUCGCGGUCGCUCAAGCAGCGGCCGACAGCCUCGCAUCGUCGACGGCAACCGUUGCCGUGGCAGCUGCGGUUUCGUCGCCUUCAUCGGUCACUCCAGCGACGAGUGGCAGUGCCUCUCCGUUGCCAGCCCCAUCACCAUCGCCAUCUUCAACGUCAUUGUCAUCUGCUGCUGCUGCUGCCGCCGCCACUGCCGCCUCUUCAGCGGUGUUGACUGGCACCGCCAUGGCAACGGCAAACAUGAUGGUGACGGCGGCGCGGGGGGAAGGUAGCCCUGCCACGACACCGACGCCACAACAGGAGCCCUCGCAGGCGGAGGCUCCCUCACCCGGGGUCUUUGGUUCUCCCAGCAGCCCCAUCACAAGCCAGCCCUCACCCGUCAGUUCCCGCAUGACGGCCAUGACCCUGGUGGCUGACGGCGAGGACGUGGUCACCACCGACCAACCUGUGGCCGCCGCCACCUCCGCCGACCUCAGCGCGUGCACCCUCGCGGAUCUGGACGGCGCCGAGGGUUCGCCAGACGGCGCCGACAAGCCCCGGCAGCAGAAGAAGAACCGCUGCCACACCUGCAGGAAGAAAGUCGGCCUCACCGCAGGAUUUGAGUGUCGCUGCGGGAACCUGUUCUGCGGCCUGCACCGCUACUCGGACAAACACGAGUGUUCGUACGACUACAAGUCUGAGGCGGCCGAGAAAAUCCGCAAGGAGAACCCCAUCGUAGUGAGCGAGAAGAUCCAGAAGAUUUGAAACGGUGGCGGCGUUGCCACCGGGUGGAGGAGGCGGGGGAGGGGGGGACGCACGCCAGGGGAACAAUCGCACGUGCACCCGGGGGCCAGGAGAACGAGUCGCGACCUCCUUCCUUCCGAGCCGCCUCCACCGAUCACUCGUUAUGGGGUGGUGGGAGGGAGUUGGUGUGGGUGGGGGGGAGGAAGGAGGGGUGGUGGAAGAUGAGGGCCAUUUCAGCCUGUCCUUCACCUCCUUGCGCUGGGGACACGUUUUGGUUUAUUUUAAAUUUUUGGUUUUUUUUUUUGACCGGCAUGCAUUACAAGGUGCCCAGGCAUGCUCGCAUUGGAAUCCUUUGAAGAUAAUAAAGCGUCGAGGAUGUUUGGCUUGUUCCCAACUAUUACUUUCUACCCCCCCUCAACUUUUAUUCUUUGUUUUUUUUCUUUUCCUGUUGGUUUAUUUUGAAUCAAGUACCAUCAGUUUUAAACAAAUUUAAGUGAAACAGUGGGUUUGUUUCUGUUUUACGUCGCCGGAACACGCUUGUGUACGCGCCCGGCCGCCCACACCGUGACGGGAAGGGGCCUGGAGAUUUGCCGACUGCGCGACUCCUUGCCGGGCCGUUUGCCCAUGCGCAGCGUCGACCGAAAACUUGACUAUUAAAAGGGGAAGAAGUGGGGGCCGCCUUGCGAACUGCAGGGGGUGGGGAGGAGCCCAGGAACGGAGAGGCGCCAUCAUCGCGUGGAGCACUAUCACCGGCCAGCUUUCACGCCAGCGUCCAUCGAUUUGUGCAACUCCCGCAGUUCGAAACAUCGCGUGGCUGGUGGCAAGGGAACGUUUUUAGCUCUGACGGCAAGCAGGGGGCUUGUGUGUGGCGCGCGUGAGGUCUGUCCGUCGGUUGCGGUGCUGUGAGAAAUAAAGGACUUGCUCGCACAUCUUACUUAACACGUUGCGGAAUAAUGCCCUGUCCCCCCCCCCCCUCCCCGCUGGAAGAUGGAAUGGUGAUACAUUUGUCGGAGUUUUCCCUUGCGCUGGGUUGAGCAGAGGGCAAAAGGGCUUGUGUUUGGCCAAGCAGCGGGGUUCUAGCAUUAGGCAGUUUCACCAGCAGUCGCGAUAAUUAGCUCGUUAAUACAAAAAUAACUAUGAUAAUCGAGUGAGCGAGAUUGGGCUCUAUCCCAUGCCCAACUCUCGCGGUUGUUCCUGCAUGCGACAGACUUGUACAUUUUUAGGCAGACGGCGGUAACGGUAGCAGUGAAGAGUACAAAGUUAAUUACGGCAAGUUACAAACGAAUAAGAUAAACUAUAUCAUGAAUAUUGGUUAUAAUGGCUUCAAGAUUAGCAAAUCUGUUGGACUCUGCUCCACGAGACGAUCCGGUUGUGUGAGAGUCGACGGCGAUCCUCUCUUUAGGUUUGGACGUCGGCACAACAGCCUCACGGUGUCUCCUUCCAAACCGGAGUGAGGCUCGCAUGGAUUUUGUGUUUUUCUCCCCCCCCCCCCCUUCCAACACCCUUUUAAUUGGUUGAGUGGUUUUCGUUUGUUUUUAAAUUUGCUUGAAAUGGAAAUUCAGUGUACGUUAUAUAUGUUAUUAGUAUAAUACCCGCUGUGCUCUCGUCUAUCUAAAAAUCUGUCGUUUUCGAGUUUCUCCGCUAAAAAGGGGGGGGGGGGGCCCAGAACGUGUCUGAAAUGGGUCCGUGGCCCACCAUCUUUUCCCCGGGGGGGGGGGGGGGGUGGUAGAGAAGGGGCAGUCAAACCCGCGAGGCCGAUUCGGCCACCCGGAGCAUCCCUUGCCGCACCAUGGCGCCCACCUAUGCGCUGUACCGGGGGUAGGUUUUGUUUGUGCUCGCAAACAGAACCCCUAACCCAGUUGGUACGCAAGGCUCUGCGGGACUGGCUCGUGUGUGUCCCAGGUGCUAGUUGAAGUGGCCCCUCAGGAUAGAGUCCUCCUGUUUGUUGACUCUAAUGCCCGAGUGGGUCAUGACGCAGACACCUGCGUUGGAGGGGAUCGGAAGGCAUGGGCCAGAUCGGCUCAAAAUAACGGAAGGAGGCUUGCUCGACUUCUGUGCAGCCCAUGGGCUUGUAAUUACGAACACGCUGUUCCGCCAUUUGCGCAUCCACACCACAUAGAUGCAGGCCGGGUCCAAGCAAGAACAUCUACUGGACUAUAUAAUUACCGACCAGUGGAUGCGGGCCCAUGUCCUUGACACCAGGACCUACCGUGGAGCUGAUAUGCCCACUGACCAUCGAUUUGUCAUCUGUAAGAUGUGCCUACCAUUCUUCUAUUCUGGUGGUGGGUGUCUAAUGAGGACCCAGUUCAAACCCACGUAGCCUGGUCUCAGCUAGCUGAGGACAGUUGCACGCAGACAUUUCAACAUCGCUUGCAGCUGGGGUUCGCAUUGUGCUACCCUGAGGCCGAGGGGAAAUGGGUGAGGUGUAGGACUGCAGCUCAUGCAGCUGCAAUGGCUGCAUUGGGUAUGUGGUCCAGACCUCCCCAAAGACCCUGUCUGAAGGAGAAGUUCUGGCUGGUUGAGAGAAAAUAACAGACCCACUCCCAUGUACAAAAUCCAACCUUGGAGAAUGAGCCUUUGCUCUGGAUCUGAGAGCCGUGUGGUGCUGCGAGGAUGAGUGGUGGGGCGGGUUGCUGAGGAGAUGGAAUCUGCCUCGAAAGCCGGCAAUCACAAAUUGCUAUUCCACCAAGUCACUUGCAGUCCCUCGCCUAUCACCGUCCUUGAGAGAAAGAACGGAAAGCCGACCUCCAACCCCCAGGAACAGGUCUGCAGGUUUGCAGAGCAUUUGAGUGAGAUCUUUAGGAGUGGAAUUCCCUCAAUCCAGACACCCUUGUGGGGGAAGGUGGAGACGACCCUGCUAGUGCGGCGGUGCCUCGUUGGCAGAAGUAGCCACCCCUUGUGAAUGGUUGGUUUGGGUGCCAUUUGUGGAGGAAGUGAGGGGCGAUCCAAAGUCUGAGACCAGGAAAAGUGCCGGGCAGAGAUGAUCUCCCAAGCGAAAUGCUGAGGGAGGGUGACAUGUGUGCAGACUGCCCUACAUGAUAUCACAACUCUGGACCACGGGAUGGGCCCAGACAGUCACUCAGGAGGAGUUUGAUGUACUGCUGCUGCUGAACCUGGUGUGUGCCACCAAGAAGUGGGUGGGGUCUUGGCAUCGGCGCCACCAACACUAAGCACCUGCCUGGGUAUUUUGUGCCACCAAACACUCAAUUCCCUCAGUUCCCCAUUCGUGAUGGAGCAGUUGUGGAGAGAGUGAAGUUUCCCGUACCUGGACAGUGCUUAUGACCAGCUCCGGGUUUGACAGCAGAGGUCUCACUCCGAAUCCGUUGGGCAGCAUCUUUUCAUCGGCUGUGCAAUAUUCCGUAAAAGCUACCUGGUCUGUCGCUCUUCAUGAAGCUUCGGGUCUUCUUGGCCACAGUCAUGCUAUCCUUUCUCUGUGCUUGUGAAACGUGGACCCCUCUAAUGGAAUGCCAGCUGUAAACAUUCAGGCUGGCAUGCCUACGAUCCAUCUUUUGUUUAAUGUGAGGAGCUCACAAAUCCUUGAAAAUGUUGGACACAUUCCCAUCAGUGAGCUCCUCCGGCAGACAAGGCUGCGUUGUGUCCUGUAGCCCGCAUGCCCAGCCACCACAUGCCCAAGCAGCUUCUGUUUGCUGCAUAGAGGGGACUAAACGGGCAUGACAUGGGCUGGAGAAGAGAUGGAUUGAUGCUCUCAGGGAGGAUGUGGAGCUGUGUGGACUUGCCGACGACUGGUACCAGUUGUCAAGAUCGGCUUCUGGAGGAGGCUCGUGAAUGACGCUUCUGGGCAGUUGGAGGCAGUCGCCCUCCAGCAACAACGGAGGGCGGAGGAGCGACGCGCCGGGUGGCUAAAAUGCAGCAAGUUGCAUCUACCGGUCAUUUCAGUCGGCCAACCCAUGACACCUGAGUCUGUCCCGAGACCACGUGUCAGCGAGCCUUGGACACUUCACGUGGCCUCAGUGCACCUGGCCUGGUACCAGGCGCAGUGAUGACGCCUCCGUCACUUAGUGGCGAAUUGCGGGUAUUGGUGUCUGCAUGUACCGUGUGCUAAUAAGAUUUAUAAGAAUAAGCCAAACGUCCCCCAAGUCCCGUUGCGCUCUGUUCACACUUGGGGCUGAAGUGUGCCACGUUUGAUUUAACUGCGCGUGACCAGAGUUUUUUUUUUGUCCCCCUUGUCGACAUUUGGGAAUUUCUGCUGAAUCCUAAGAACGUUUUACCCUAAAUUUCGAUUUAAAGCUUUGGUGACUGCAGGGAUUCAUCUUCUUGGUUCUUUCGGUAAAGUCACGUAGAAUGGAAAUAAUAAAAUAAUAAAAAUAAAACAUAGUAAAAUAAUUCUCACGACGUUUCGGCCACAACGCAAGCAGCCGUCCUCAGGUGAAGAACAGGUCUGUCGAUAAGACGGUCUGAAUGACACGUCCUCGGCUUGGAGCGUCUAUUUAAGCUGGGAGGGAGGACGUCUUCUCGACAGACCUGUUCUUCACCUGAGGACGGCUGCUUGCGUUGUGGCCGAAACGUCGUGAGAAUUAUUUUAUUAUGUUUUAUUUUUAUAAUUUUAUUACUUCCCUUCUACGUGACUUUACCGAAAGAACCAAGAAAACUGUUACCCUUUGUGAGCAAGUGACGCUAUGCUGUGGAAGGAGGUGGGAGGCGACGGGAGACGAGGAACCGUGAAUUAUCGGCACGGGACCAGCUUCAGGGAGGGGCGCGAGAUUGAUGGGGAACGUAAAUCUGUAAAUCCACGACACUGAACAUCCCCCCCCCCCCCCCGUCUGAGUUUACGCAGUGGUGCGCUCUUAAUGUCUUGAAAUAACAUUAAUCUUUUGUUGUGGGCGGACCUUACAAUUUCCAAGCAUGGUUUGCUUUACUCUCUCCACACUCGAUCUGAUCCUAGCCUCGGCUCCACCACCCCCCUUCGCUCGCACCACCACCACCACCACUGUCGCCCAACGCAUGCUCCUUAAUUAACGCUUGGACAAUUAAGGAGUGAGGAUUGUGGGGUGUGGGGCGAUAGGAGAUAAUGUUGUGGCAAAGUGCGCCUGUAGCCUGGGGAACAGCAUGGCUUGGCUUUGGCCAGGUCUGGUUGGAUAAUGCGCGCGCGUGUUUGUGUGUGUGUGUGUGAUGUGUCGCAUGAGCUUGAGAACAUGACACUCGGCAGUUCUUGCCCAAGCUGCACGGGGCGUGCCUCCCAUUCAGGUGCGAUGGAUUACAUCGGACUGGGUGGGGGUACACCCCCCCCCCCCCCAAUUCUCUGUGUUUCUCUUGAAAGUUAUUUUGAUUUUAAAUGUUCUUCGUAUCUCAGCGCUCAGGUGGACCCGUAGGUCUAUUUUCAAUCACUUAACCAUGUCCAGCAUGUGUGGUCUUCUGGAGGAGGAAGAGACAACACGCAAAUAUACGCGCGGAAUCAUGCAAGCCACAAGAGAGCAUGUGUGUUGUUUGUGUGCGCACAGUGUGGGGAGCGGUGGCGCAGCUGUUAGCGCGCUGCGCUACAAACCCGGCGACCCAAGUUCGAUCUCCGCUCACGGCCAACAUCGGUGACGAUUAUAUCUGAACCGGUCCUGGGCCUCCCCUAGGUCGACUCAGCCUGAAAUGAGUACCUGGUGCGAUGUGUCAACAUCGCCACUGGGGAGACAAAGGCGGCCGGGCGUGGUGCUGGCCACCCACCCCCUCGUGUGCCGUUCUGGCUUUCAUAGGUGCUCGCUAACAGCACUUGCCCCUACAGUCUGUUAAGGCUACACUGGGGGAUCUUUGUCUUGUUUUGUGUGCGCACAGUAGCCUGAUUGUAGCCACUGUCCUUGGGAGGAUGAAAGCGUGGCCUUUUAAAGCUCCUGGCAGUAAAAACGGCUUUGCCAACCCACGUGUACCUGCAUCACCCUGCAUUUUGGAGUCCUCAGUGCAGCUUUGCCCUAUUGCCCUGCGUUGACAACUCUGUACUUUCGCUCUCGACUGACAACAGUUUUAAACGAAUGAAAAUUGGCCAUGCUGUCCUCGUUUUAUGGCUAAAAGUUGCAAAUUCGAUCAAACUUAACCAUUAGUUGAGCUCAUCGGGGGAUAAUCUUUAUAAAGUUUGAUUUUUUUUUGAAGUUGCGUCUUGUCACAAUAAACUAUCCAAAUCUCGUCCCUAGUUAUGGACAGAUGGGGGGGAACUAAUCUCUUCGACAACUACAAACUUUUAUCAUUUUGUUUUCUUUUUGUUCAUAGAUUUGUAUGAAUAAAACAAAUUAUUUAUGCUAGAUAAUCUGCUUUGUUGUUUUAGGCAUCGUCUUGACAGUAUAUUGUACAAAUUUUACGGUAAUAAAGUGCUUUGAAAAUUA